AUGGCUUACCCAACUAGACCUGGUCAUGGGGCUGUGGGUGCAUAUUAUCACCCAUUUGCACCGGCUCAUGGUAGAUAUCCACCUCCACCUGCACCGGCUUAUGGCAGUGUGUACCCACCUGCACCUCUUUACGAUGGCGGAUACCCACCUACGCCGGCUUAUGGCGGAUAUCCACCUCCACCUGCACCGGCUUAUGCCAGUGGGUACCCACCUGCACCUCUUUAUGGUGGCGGAUACUCACCUCCACCUGCACCGGCUUAUGGAGGAUAUCCACCUCCACCUGCUCAUGCUUAUGGUGGGUACCCACCUGCGCCGGCUUAUGGCGGGUAUCAGAAUCGUCCUAUCAUUCCUGGAAUUGCGGCGGCUGGGAUUGAAGCGCUGGCCAUAGGUGUGUUCAGGGCUGCAAUCACUAAUAGUUUGUUUGGUGAUGGUAGUGAUUUCAAUUUCUGA